GCCAGCGUCCCUGAGGACCUGGACGCCGACUGCAGCGCGCGACUCGGGCUUGCCCACAAUCGCCUCCCGAGGGUCGCCCGCGCGCAGUCUUUGCAUGGCGUUUCCGUGUCGCAUCGCGCGUCGCUCUUGUUGCGUUUACGAGGCGCCCAGGGAGACCGGACCGGAUAGACGCUCUCCGUUGUGGUGCGAACGCCACAGUUCUUCACAUAGCCAUAGCGCCCCCGCAGGAAGACUGGAGCGCGAGGCUUGUUGUGAACACCACAUAUGGACUUAGUCGACCACCGCAAGCGACAAUUCAAUGCGGGUAGCACAUGAGCGAGAGGGCAACAGCCGCUUGGCACGUCCCACUGUCAAUGUGCUCUGCCAAUCUUCGCGAAGCCUGCGACACAACGUAAGUUUGGGUUCUGUCGCAUGGCCAACUUCCGAAAUGGCUGCAGUCUUUCAUUCAGGGCCCCAACUCUACUUGCCAAUCUGCGCAUGAGCAUCGCACAUUGUGCCCCCGGUUGGCAGUCCGAUCCCUCGUCUGGCUGCGGUUACCGCGCACGUCGAGCUGUUGGCCGCACAUAGGGGGCUAUCCCUGUUCGGGAGCAGGCGCGCCCUGGACGCGUCCAACCAGGCCCGGCGGUGCCCUGAGCGGUGGCACGGUCGCAGUUGCGGGCAGCACGGGACCGACGUUCCCUCUUCCGGCGAUGCGACCCUCGCGCUGCGGCUGCCCUCGAUAGCAACGUGUCUGCUUAAUAGGUGCGCAUCGCUUGCAUACGCGAGCCGGCGGCAAGCCACCCCUAUCACGCAAGCCACGAGGUGGUGACGCUGAGGUCUCAGAUCUGCUCGCCGCUAGACGCGAUUCGGGCUUCUGUCAUUCGACUUGGCUCGCAGGACUUCGCGCAGCGGCGCAUGGAAAGCGGUCUCUAUCUGAUUAGACAAGGGCCAGGUGCUAACGUCGCUGGGACAGGCCUCCAUGAUUACCAGUUCCC